UUUCCUUUUUUUCUAGUUGCAAAAAUUCGCAAUUUUUUAGAUAAACUUGUUUUUUUUUUACUUUAAUAGUGCUUAAAGAUAACUGGAGAGCAUGCCUUAAGAUGAUUCAUUGUCCGAAUUGCUUAAAAAUUCUUUUCUCUAUUAAUGCUUUGCAAAUACAUUUGAAACGUUCCCACAAUAUUAAUACAAGGCAUGGAUCAUUCUCGCCAUUUUCAUGCUCUGAGCCUAAAUGCGGGAGACGGUACAGUAGUUGGAAAUCGUUCAGACAGCAUCUUAUAAAGUUUCAUUUAGUCCGUAUCAGUUGCAAAACCCAUGUAGAUCCUUUGUACUGCAAAAGUCAAACUCCUUCAACCUCAAAGAUCUAUGCAGAUUCUUUGUAUUGCAAAACUCAAACUCCAUCAACUUCAAAGACUUAUAUUGAUUCUUUGCAUUAUAAAACUCAAACUUCUUCAACUGAAAAUAUGAUUUCUUCUGAUAUCCAUGAUAAUGAUAAUGCUCUUUUGGACAAAAUCUAUAUUUCCAAUCUAUCAACUUCUCCACCAAAUUUUUCACUGAAUAUAGAUGAUCUUAAGAAGCAAAUAAAAUACAAUGCUAUGUCAUUCAUUAAGGAAAUGUAUGCAAUUCCAAAUAUUCCUAGAAAUCAUGUGCAAGUUCUUGUAGACAAAGUAAAUGAGUUGGUUAGUCUCAAUGUGUCUAGAGUAAGAGAUUUUGUCAAAUCACAGCUAGCAAGUAAGAAUCUUUUAGCUAGUGCUAUGAUUAUAGUAGACAAUUAUCUGGAAGUUUUGCAGAAUUCUUUUGACGGUUUGUCUUCAGAGUUUUUGCGACUUAAAGAAAUAAAAGAAGAUGGUUCCUCGGUAGAGCCCAAAGAAAUCAUUGUUGGUGACUGACGAUUUAGGACCCGGUCAUGUUGAUCCUGUUCCUGUAAAGGCUUUAUUUAUUCCAUUGAGAGAUACAUUGAGGAACUUUUUUGAGAAACCAGGAGUCCUAGCAUCUGUCAAAGAUUAUGUGAAUUUUCUUGUAUCACAUCCAGAGGGAUACAUGACUAAUUUUAUUCAAGGACAGGCUUGGAAAGAUAGAAUUGCUG